GCACUGUCCUUACCGCACUUCGUCCCCGUUGCUCCAAGUAGCCCCAUUACGCAAAUGCCACGAAGAUACUUAAAGUGACCCAACUCACGGGGGUUUUUGAUUUAUUUUAGAUUUUCGUGUGGUUCGCCCCCCGAGCUCCAUCGCUCUUGGGACUAGAAAUCAAAAUCGUCAGUUGCCCCCAGUGCAUGAUUCAAUUUUUUGAACAAUUUCGCCAUGAAAUCCUCUCCAGUUAUGAAAACGUCCUUUUCUAUGCCACAGCUCAAAAAGAAGCCAAUGAUCAAAAACGCAAACUCACAGGCGCAUCCAUGCCGUCAAAACCACCCAACUACCUGUUUUUAUUCCGCAGCAUGUUUACGAAGGCACACCUGGAACAAACGGGGAGGUCACCAACCGAAGAGCAGCACACCCACGCAGUUAAAUCGCUUACGCCUGAGGAAAGGUUGAGGUUGAAAGAAGCCUCUGAUUACCUCAAGAAGUCCUGGAACAACAGUCGUGGCGAACGAAAUAAACGUCCCCGCCGUGAUUUGACUCCAGACUACUUCCAAGCUCGCAACCAGUCUGUUCGAAGACGAUCCCGCCGCCGUGACCAAGUUCUGGCAUCGCCUGCUUCUUCUUUGUCGGACUCGUUCGAAAGUCUUCCCAGCCCGUCAUCGAGCGACACGCCGUUUGAUUGGGCCAGUGAUAGUGAAUCUUGCGGAUCGUACCAGUGGUGCGAUAGCUUUAAACCAGUGACGCCUUCUCCGCUUAGAGCAAAUUUCGACGCCUUACCGGUGUCGGAUAUGGAGAACGACGGGUAUCUUGAUCGAUUACAAGAUUCAGCUGCUUUCCUUGCUCUUCCCAGCACAGAAUCUCACUCGUACACUGGCUCCGCGAGCUCAGCAGUCAACAACACCCGGGAUAUCUCGUUUCACAAUGUUUCUUCGACCGCACUCGACUCGGUAUUCGCUUCGGGUACAUGUUACGCGGCCCACGACGAGGAGCAAGUUUGGCAGGGGCACACAUCGGCAACGAAUACGCCUUUUCAUACGUAUUCACCUGCCUAUCCAUCUGCUGAACUCGGCAUGAGCGUGGCAAACGAGUACACAAAGGACGAGUUGUGGUGGAUUCUGUUUCAAAGGGCUAUUGCCUCCGAUUUUGAUAAUGACCAGCUUGUUUGGGACCAGGAUAUCCGUGCACUCGAAAGAUAAGCUGCUAGCUGCUAGGAUCAUGCGCUGAAAUGCAUCGAAAAUCAGAAAAGUACUAUGUGGAAUCUGUAUGUACGGUACGGACCUUCGACCUUAUUUCUUCUCUUUCUUUCCCUGCUGUCGGAUUUUGUUUGCUGUCUCCUCUAUC